UCUCUGCUUCUUUGCCUUCUUUUAUAUACUAGAAGUCUAGACGAAACAGGGCACGUCUCUCUCCUCAGCUUGCACCUUUCUUUCGCAACUCAUAAUCAAGAAAAAGCAGAUCCAGGGUGGUGCUGGUGGUUAAGCUGUCAAUCCAUCAAUCAGUCAAUCAACCUGACCAAUCAUCGUUCAAACUUCGAAGGAAAAUAAGAUAUAAAAAAAUGUCCUCCUCUUCUACCCUGGCCUUGGACCACUUUCCUCCCUCGGAGCAGCUCUGUUAUGUCCAUUGCAAUAUUUGCGACACUGUCCUCGCGGUGAGUGUUCCUUGCACCAGUUUGUUCAAGACUGUAACAGUAAGAUGCGGUCACUGCACUAACCUCCUGCCAGUGAAUAUGCGAGGGUUGCUUCUGCCUUCGGCUAAUCAGUUUCAUCUGGGCCCAUCUCUUUUCUCUCAUCCCCCUAGUGUUCUGGAAGAUCAGAUACCAAAUCCAACACCAAACUUCUUGAUCAACCAAACCAAUGCGAGUGACUUCACUAUGCCCGCUAGGGGAGGAGUAGUUGACGAGCUUCCACGGCCCCCAACCAUAAAUAAACCUCCAGAAAAGAGACAGAGAGUUCCCUCCGCCUACAACCGCUUCAUCAAGGACGAGAUACAACGCAUCAAGUCAGUAAAUCCCGAAAUAUCCCAUAGAGAAGCCUUCAGUGCCGCUGCCAAGAAUUGGGCCCACUUUCCACACAUUCACUUUGGUCUCAUGCCUGAGCAGACUAUAAGGAAGACAAACAUGCGCCAGCAGGAAGCAAAUCAGGAUGUACUUAUUAAAGAUCAUGGGCUUUUAGCUUCAGCUAAUGUGGGUGUUUCUCCUUAUUAAAGAAAUAAAGCUUCUGCACGCGUACGUUCAUCAUGAGCACUAGUACUCGAUCUCUUGGAAAACCUAAUGGUGGAAGAUCUAAUCCUUCUAGUUAUGACAUCUCUCACGAAUAAUAUUGUCGUUUUAGCUGCUAAUCAACUAUAGUUUGACUAAUUAUUGAUAUUUUAAACUCUU